ACCUCAUUUUUUUUUGAAAUUUUUAAGACCAAAUAGGCCGGACCAGUCUAUUACUCCGUAGUUUACUAAUCUAUAACUCUGUGGUUUUUAUUCCAUUUUGUAUGUGGGGAGGACUGACACCAGUCACCAGGAAGAGGAAAUGGCAGUCGGAGUGUUAGCCUUGCAGGGAUCUUUUAACGAACACAUAGCAGCUCUGAAGAGGCUUGGAGUGACGGCAAUGGAGAUAAGGAAGGCAGAGCAGCUGCCGACGGUCUCCUCCCUCAUCAUCCCCGGCGGUGAAAGCACCACUAUGGCUAAACUCGCUGAGUUUCAUAACCUGUUUCCUGCAUUGCGUGAUUUUGUGAAAAUGGGGAAGCCUGUUUGGGGGACCUGUGCUGGCCUUAUUUUCCUGGCAGAUAAAGCAAUAGGGCAGAAAUCUGGAGGGCAGCAACUGAUUGGUGGCCUUGAUUGUACAGUUCACCGGAACUUUUUUGGAAGCCAGCUUCAAAGCUUCGAGACAGAGCUUGAGAUUCCAAAGAUUGCUAAUGAAGAAGGUGGUCCCCCAACUUUCCGCGCUGUUUUUAUUCGUGCACCAGCAAUCCUGGAAGUGGGCCCAGAUGUUGAGGUUCUUGCGGAUGUUCUGACCAUGAAAACUGCGGCUUCUCAUUCUUCUACUCAAGAUCAACAACAGAUGAAACAUGAACCCGUUGAGCCCGAGGAAAGAGUGAUUGUAGCUGUAAAGCAAGGGAACAUGCUAGCCACUGCUUUUCACCCUGAACUAACUGCUGAUACUCGGUGGCACAGCUAUUUCUUGAAAAUGGUGGCUAAUGUUGGCGAGGAAGGAUCUUCCAAAAUCAUCUCAAGAGUUGAAGGAUCCACCGGCUUAUAUGACCCACGACCAAGAAUGGAUCUUCCUGUAUUUCAAUAGAGGUGUCGUAAUGCUCCCCCCCAAAUGCUCCGUAUCAUUUAUGAUUCUUGCAGACGUCCAGAUUACUGCAUUCUUUAUGCUAUAGAAAUACAGUAAGUAUAAAGACUUAUUAAAAAAACAAGCUGAUCCUUUAAUAAACUUUCAAGGCUGCCUAUGCACCCUUUUUUUUAAAAACAAAUUUGGGAUCAAGCC